GCUGGAAGUUAGUGGAAAAAAAGCUGUUGUUCAAGUAUUUGAGGGAACGUCUGGUAUUGAUGCAAAACAUACAUUAUGCGAGUUUACGGGCGAUAUUUUACGAACACCUGUAUCUGAAGAUAUGUUAGGUAGAGUAUUCAAUGGUUCUGGAAAGCCAAUCGACAAAGGACCUCCUGUUUUGGCCGAAGAUUUCCUUGAUAUUCAAGGUCAACCUAUUAAUCCUUGGUGUCGUAUUUAUCCCGAAGAAAUGAUUCAAACAGGAAUUUCUACCAUUGAUGUCAUGAAUAGUAUUGCCAGAGGUCAAAAAAUUCCAAUUUUCUCUGCUGCUGGUCUUCCUCAUAAUGAAAUUGCAGCUCAAAUUUGCCGGCAGAGUGGUUUAGUGAAAAAUAAAGACAUUAUGGAUCAAGAACAUGAUAAUUUUGCUAUUGUUUUUGCAGCCAUGGGUGUAAAUAUGGAGACAGCUCGGUUUUUUAAGCAAGAUUUUGAGGAAAAUGGUUCUAUGGAAAAUGUGUGCUUGUUCUUGAAUCUGGCAAACGAUCCUACAAUUGAACGUAUUAUAACUCCUCGUUUAGCAUUGACAACGGCUGAAUAUUUAGCCUAUCAGUGUGAAAAGCAUGUUUUGGUUAUACUUACUGAUAUGUCAUCAUAUGCUGAAGCUUUGCGAGAGGUGUCGGCCGCUCGGGAAGAAGUUCCAGGGCGUAGAGGUUUCCCAGGUUACAUGUACACUGAUUUAGCUACUAUUUAUGAAAGAGCAGGAAGAGUUGAAGGGAGAAAUGGUUCCAUUACUCAAAUUCCUAUCUUGACUAUGCCAAAUGACGAUAUCACUCAUCCCAUUCCAGAUUUGACUGGUUAUAUUACUGAAGGUCAAAUAUACAUUGAUCGACAACUGCAUAACAGACAGAUUUAUCCACCUAUUAAUGUACUUCCAUCCUUGUCUCGAUUGAUGAAAUCUGCUAUUGGUGAAGAUAUGACCAGAAAAGAUCAUUCUGAAGUUUCAAAUCAACUGUAUGCUUGUUAUGCUAUUGGCAAAGAUGUCCAAGCUAUCAAAGCUGUUGUUGGUGAAGAAGCUUUAACCUCUGAAGAUUUACUAUAUCUAGACUUUCUUAGCAAGUUUGAAAAAAGCUUUAUCUCCCAAGGAAAUUAUGAAAAUAGAACUGUUUUUGAUUCUCUUGACAUUGGUUGGAAGCUUCUGAGAAUUUUCCCAAAAGAAUUGUUAAAAAGAAUUCCUCAAAGCACUUUAGAAGAAUUUUAUCCCAGAGAUGGUCAAGGUCAUCAUGCAGAAACUAAAAAAGAGUAGAAUUUUAAUGUGACUGUUAUAUUUAUUGUUUGGUCAUUUCAUCAUUCCAAUUACGGUAGAAGAUUUUCUAGUCUGGUUUCUUCACGAGAAAAUGUUUCAUAUCUUGUAAUGAAGAGAAGAGUAUGUUGAUGUUAAAACAAAUAACUGCAAAUAGAAAAAUAUAUAAAAUGUUUUAAACAGUAAUUCAGAUUAUUUUAAUGUUAUCAAAACAUGCGAUUCAGAGUUUUAUACUCAAAUGUGUAUUGAUUGGACCUCUAAUUCAUUAUAAUUUCUUCAGUGAAAAUGUCCUAAUUACAUUGUGAAUCAACUAUUUGACUAUAAGAAGAUUUUAUCCGAAAAAGUAAUAAUUUAACCCUUUUGCUUGAUGGAUAUGCAUUUUUGUGUAUUAGAUGUUAAAGAAUGAUAAUAUAUAUAUAUUGGUUGACGAUAGGAGCACAAACAUAUUCUAAACAAGAAGUUGUGAAUGUACGUGUUGCAUACCUACUAAGGUAUUGUGAACUUUCAUUUCAUGUGCCUCUGUACUUAAUCAAGAAGAAAAUAUUGUUCUAUGUUGGUUGUAAAUGUUGUAUAGCAAUAAAAAUGUAAAUUAAUA